AUGUGGGGACAAGAGGAGGAAGAAGAAGCCCCAGCACAGAAUGAGAAUGAACCACCAUUUGGAUCUAUAGAAUGGAUUAAUUAUUGGAGUGAAUUCGAAGGUAGCCUUCCGACUCCAAUAGAUGUUUCCAUUACUGGUUCCUUGAAGUAUUGGUGUCCGGAACUAGUUUGGUAUAAUUUUGACAUAUAUCCUCAUAAAGUGAAACUAACAAAUACCGGAUACACAGUUCUGCUCGGAGCAAAAUGGAAAGCCGAGAGACCAUUUCUAGUUGGAGGACCCUUUUUGGAAAAACAUGUGUUUUCUCAAAUACAUUUUCAUUGGGGAUCGAAUAUGAUGGAGGGCAGUGAACAUUCAGUCGAUAAAAGAAUUUAUCCUGGAGAAAUGCAGGUGACAUUCUUUAAAUCUGAGUAUAUGACCCAAGAAGAGGCCUUACGACAUCCAGACGGAGUUGUAUUCGUCUGUUACAUUAUUAAGUACGGAGUGAACCCAGAUGAUCGGCUUCAGUGGAUUUUAGAAGGUUUUCCAAGAAUUCAAGAGAGUCAAACAAGCACACGUGUCGGCCCUUACCCGAUGUCACGUCUUAUUCCGAUGUUCUUUGAAGAUUAUUUCCUGUACUGGGGAAAUUUAAAUUCCGUGAAAGGAGAUAACUUCGUCGUAAGAUGGUUGGUUCCGCGGAUAACUUUGUAUGCCUCCUUUGAACAGAUGAAAGAAUUUCGGAAACUGUGGAAUCCUUGGGACGAGCCAAAUUUACGUAAUUUUAGACCUCUGCAAGAGAGACAAGACCGCCAUGUAUUUUUCCUUAGCCCGCAUUGGAGUCAAUACAACUCAUUGCUACCAAUACCUAGGAUACCAGAUCCUUCAAUUAGUAUAUUGUCAACGGCAUAUAAAUUACAUCCUUGGAUGCUACCACCACAAAACUCAGACUUAUUCCCACAGGAAAAUGAAAAUAAAGAAGUUAUAAUUGAACAGAAAUAAUUGUUCA